AUGACGCGAAAAUCUGCGAACAGCGCGCACAGCAAGAAGAACACGCUUAUCUCGCAAUUCAGACGCUCUCAGACUCCAAUGAAGGUGGCCACGAUGAUCAGCACUGAACCAGGAUCAUCGUGCUCACCUUCAGAAGACUCGGGGUGGCCUCCGUUCACCGGAACAGUGACCGGAACCCCAAGACAAGGUGCAGAAAGCUAUUACGUAACUCACCGGAGCAAGAAAGAGAGAGCGGCGGCCGGCGGCGACGGGAGCGGCGGCGAUGGCACGCGGGGGCACGCCGGAGGCCAGCUGAGGGCGGCGGGACCGAGGGUGGGCGGCGGCGAUGUUGGGUGUGAAGGCGGCCCGCGUUCGGCCCCUACAGCACACUGGCGGCGGCAGGGUCUCCUGCGGCGGCCGGCGGCCCUCGAGGGUGGCCGGGGUCGGGCGCGGUGGUCGCCGGACGGUCGGUGGAGACCUCCGCGGCCGUCGGGAAACGGCGGCAGGGCUCACACACUCGAGCCACCCAGCUUCGGCCUGGGUGGUGUCCCUGGGGCCGCAGGCGGCUACGGCGGCUCCGGCGGCGCACGGCGACGGUGGGGGUCGGCGGUGACGGUGCCGGCGGGGGUGCCUGGGUCGGGGCUCACCUCACCCGAGGCCUGGCCGGCUCAGGAUGGUGCUUGGAACUUCCUCGGCCAAGGUGGAGGGAGAGGGAGGAAGGUUGGAGCUUGGGGAAGCCUUUUUCCGGCGACGGCGGCGGUUGCCGGCCGCCGGGGUGCAAGCACGGCGUGGGCAGGGGGCCUCCUAGGCGGUUGGUGCACAGGGAGGGCUAGGAUUAAGAAACAGCAGCAUGGAAAUGGGGCAUGCUUGGGCUUCACGCCUCCUAGCAAAAGACUAGAAGAGCAGUUGCAUACUAUGUAUGAAUGGGGUGAUCAGUGCAUCAGUAAAACUGACUCAGUAAACUGA